UGCUAAUGUUAUCAUCGUGCUCUAGAUAUACAUGAUUUGCAUGGUUCAAUAAAAACCACUAAUAAGAGUUGAAAGGUAAGAGCUGAAAAGUAAGAGGAGUAGUUGUUCAAAAUUUAAUAAUUGCAGAUAUGACUUUUCAUACAUCUACCACAUAAAGCCCGAUUCAUAUUGCUAAGUUUUCAAUUUUCAUUACUUUCAUCAUAAUAAACAACAGCUUCAAUUCCUGUCCUAAUAGAACACAAACACAACCAACAUGGUUAUGCCUAUUUCUUCCUUACUUUUCUCUCUCCAAAUCCUCCUAAUCAUAACUUUCACAUAUCAAACCAAAGCUGUAUACGACGAAAUAAACAAUUACCACUACUUUUGUGAUCAAAGCAACAACAAAGCUAACUACACAGCCAAUAGCACCUAUCACAAGAACCUCAACACACUCUUAACCACUCUCACUUCCAACACAGAUAUCAACUACGGUUUCUACAAUUUUUCAUUUGGCGAAAACAACGACAGAGUCUAUUCAAUUGGACUCUGUCGAGGGGAUCUUUUGACGAAUGACUGUCGCAGUUGCCUCAGCGGCUCAAGAGACAAUCUCACAAGCGUUUGUCCAAAUCAAAGAGAAGCAAUUUUUUGGUCUCAAAACGAAAGAUGUAUGUUGCGUUACUCCGACCGAUUAAUAUUUGGUAUCAUGGAAGAUGUUCCUACGUUUCAUUCAAAUAACGAAAAUGAUUCAGUUGAUGUUAAUUUGUCUAAUGAAGAUGUUACAACUUUGUUGAAUAAUUUAACAAGUAAAGCAGUGAAAGGUGAUUCUAGGAUGAAAUAUGCUGCUGAUAGUUUACCUGGUCCUUCGGUCGAGACUAUAUAUGGUUUGGUUCAGUGUACACCUGAUUUGUCUGAAACUAAGUGCAAUUCAUGUUUGGUUGAGAGUCUUCAACAAAUUCCAAGUUGUUGUAAGGGUAAGAUUGGUGGAAGAGUUGUUAGGCCUAGUUGUAAUAUGAGAUUUGAAACAUCUUAUGAAUUUUAUGAUACUAGUCCUACAGCAUCAUCAUCAUCGCCGCCGCCACCGUCAGCACUGUCUCCUCCACCCAACACCACAGGAAAAAGUAAUAAGAGUAGUACAAUUGGCAUUGUUGUGGCGGUCCCAGUUGCUAUUGUUGCUUUGGUCUUCAUUUUUCUAUGCGUCUAUUUUAAAAGAAGGAAGUCAAAGAAAAGGUUUGAAGAAAUUCAAGAAGAAGAUCAAGACGACAAAAUUGAAAUAUUUGAGUCACUGCAAUUCAAUGCUACAAAUGACUUCAUUGUUUCUAAUAAACUCGGAGAAGGAGGAUUCGGGGUUGUUUACAAGGGUCAGCUUUCCAAUGGACAAGAGAUAGCUGUCAAAAGGUUAUCAAGAGAUUCUGGACAGGGUGAUUUGGAGUUUAAAAAUGAGGUGCUUUUAGUGGCUAGACUUCAACACCGUAAUUUAGUUAGACUACUCGGCUUUUGUCUAGAAGGAGUAGAAAGGUUACUUGUAUAUGAGUUUGUUCAUAACAAAAGUCUCGAUUACUUCAUUUUUGAUCAAGCUAAGAGAGAACAAUUGUAUUGGGGAAUGCGUUACAAAAUCAUUUUAGGUAUUGCUCGAGGAAUUCUUUAUCUCCAUGAAGAUUCUCGACUACGUAUUAUUCACCGUGAUCUCAAAGCAAGUAACAUUCUCUUAGAUGAAGAUAUGAAUCCUAAGAUAGCUGAUUUUGGCAUGGCCAGACUUUUUGGUGUAGACCAAACUCAGGAAAACACAAGAAGAAUUGUGGGAACCUAUGGAUAUAUGGCACCUGAAUAUGCAAUGCAUGGAGAAUUUUCAGUGAAGUCGGAUGUCUUCAGUUUUGGUAUAUUGGUUCUUGAAAUUGUAAGCGGUAUGAAAAAUAGUGGUGUUCGUGAUGGAGAAAGUAUAGAGUACCUCUCAAGCUUUGCAUGGAGAAAUUGGAGGGACGGGACGAUAUCAAAUACUAUAGAUCCCACAUUACAUAAUGAUUCACAAAAUGAAAUAAUGAGAUGCAUCCAUAUUGGAUUACUUUGUGUUCAAGAGAAUGUAGCAAGCAGACCAACAAUGAAUUCUGUUGUAGUAAUGCUUAACAGUCCUUCUGUCACUCUCCAUAUUCCUUCAGAACCUGCAUUUCAUAUGGAUGUUCAAAACUUUCAAGAUAUUAGUUCAGCUCAAGAAUCAAUCAACGAAAUUUCAAAUACAGAGUUAUAUCCCCGUUAGCUGGAAACCUAAUCAUAGCACAAUGACAAUGAUUGUCACAAUGUGUAGUAUAGUAUAAUUAAUAGAUUUAGAUCUUUCAAACAAUAUAAUAUUUUUUUCUAUAAAAGAGUUGGGAAUAUAUCUAAAUGUUGGUAAUUUUGUUUAAUUAAACCAAAUAUAUAUUUUGAA